GCCAUGUCAGUAAAACUUGGCCACGUCCGCGCAGGAUCAUGGAAAAAGCGCCUCGCCUUUGCUGGCCCCGCGCCACCCUGCUCGCGGCCGCGGGAGAUCCCCUCGCUUUCCCUCCAAAUAGCUUCUCCCGUGCUCAUGUUCCCAUGCUUGUCGCCCAUUUUGCAGGGAGCACCUUGAGGUUGUAGUGAAGUAUUUCCGAGGCCAUGGCUAGCGGCGGCGGCGGCGGCCGGCGGCGAGGGUCGCGCCGGGCCAAGGUGAAGAAGAAGAAGAAGACCAAGUACCUCAGCCUCAGCCGCCACCUCGCCAAGGCGGUGGAGGUCGACAAGCCUGCCGAAUCUCUGUCGGCGGAGGAUUCCUUGCCGCCACCCUCGGCUUUGGCGUCGCCGUCCACGGAGGAGGCGGUGGAGGAUGGAUGCGGGCACGAGCAGCAGCAGCAGCAGCAGCAGCAGCUCGAGCCGUUCGCGCUGCAUCCUGAGGCGCCGUCGACUCUCUUCGCGGCGGCGCCGUCGCUCACUGACAUCCUCGGCCUGUCCUCCUCCUCCUUUUCCGGCGGCGGCGAAGGGGAUUCGCCCUCGUGCACCCCCUCCCCGGACGCCUCCGCGGGGACUGCUGGCGGGGAGGAGGACCUUGCGCGGCGCGCGCUCCGGGGGAGGGAGCGGUGGGUGUACUGCAGGAGCAGCUCCUCUUCGCCUAGCGCGGCCACCGCGACGACCACCACGUCAUCCUCGUGCUCCUCGGCCGCGAGCACGGGCGCCGCCUCCGCGCGGUCGCCGCUGCUCAAGCUGGACUACGACGAGAUCCUGGCCGCCUGGGCGGGCCGCGGGUCCCUCUACAUCGACGGCGCGGCGGGCCACGUGACGCCCAAGCUGGAGCUUGGUUCUGAGGUGUUCGUGGAUGUGGCGCCGCCGCGGCAGGCGGCGACGUGGAGCUCGCCGGAGGUGUCCGGGAGGGCGGAGCGGGUGAGGCGGUAUAAGGAGAAGCGACAUGCCCGGCUGUUCUCGAAGCGGAUCCGGUACGAGGUACGCCGGCUCAAUGCCGUCAAGCGGCCGCGCUUGAAGGGUCGUUUCAUCAAGGAUAAGGAGGGUGUUGCAAUGGCCAACUGAGGCGAGCUGCGGCCUUCAUCAUAAAGACCUUGCCUCAUCCAGUUACAAGAAUGGUUCAUGAGCCCAUUCCAUUCCAUCUGUAAAAUGUAAAUGAUCAGGUUAGUCUCCAGGCUGCCAUAUACCCAAACCGGAUUUGUUGAAUCGAUCUGCCGCUUCCUGGUCAAGCGGCAAGCUAAUUGUGGUCGCUGCGGAUCGUGUUAUUUGGCAGUUUUGUUGUAGGAUGAAAAUAAUAGAACUUGAUUUGGUCAUAAAUUUCGCUGCGGCACUGCACUUUUGAUUCA